AUGGCAAUGACGGGCACCACGCUCGAUGCUGGCAACACUGCGAACAAGAAGGAACAGGAUGUGGAGGCAAAAAGUAUGCAGUUGCACCAACAAGCCAGCCUCGCUGGAGAAGUCACACUGGUGAACCAUACGUACAGUCAAGCGGCGAUGGAACACCUGUGGAAGAUGCUUCAGCUUGGUUGGGACACUCGGGAGAGCGCGAAGAUUGGUGCCUUUGGCUUUCUGGUUGUUUGGGUGUGUUACAUUGGUGUCAAUUUGAUGGGCAUUGGCCUGCACUCUUAUGGCUUUUUCCUGAAAUGA